CCUGGCGAUCCAGCUUAUUUGGGCCAUCCUGGAGCGGAGCCGGAGCCGGCUGAAUGCUGUGCUGCAUCAGUUUUUGUUUGAAAAUUGGAACGCCUUGUACCACACACCGUGGCCGGUCGCGCACCUUGCCUACAAGGCUGUGUUUGCAACAGCAAUGCUCGGCACUUUCGACCUGAAUUUCUUUCACCCACCUAAUGAUCAUUUCGGAGGCUCAUCGGUUGGGAAUGGACACCAGGUCGUAGUAUCAAACGCAGUAGUAGAGAAAAAAUGGCUGGGUCUGGAAGAAUGUUGCAGGAUAUCUUGCCAUAUUUUUCUGAUAUGACUCUGAGCUGCUCUGUGAUCAUGUCUGGGCAGGAUGAAAGGAUCCUCUUGCGGCCUCCUGUCAUGCGACGAGAUUGCAGCUCGCCAUGCGGUAUGCGCAACAGGAUGCAGCCCUGAAGUUUGUCACGGUUGACUUACUUGAUAUUGAACUGAGCCCGUCAUAAUUCAGAUUCACAGAACACUUCCUUCACAAGAUAGAACCUUCUGACCCAGUAAAGAACACAACAUUUGCAAUGUAUACCAAGGCCACGACCGCCGGAACGACCACACGCACGACCAGUCCUACCACUCAGGUCCCCUUGUUCCUCCACUUCCACCGGACCUCCACCGUCCGCGUGCGCAAACCAUGCGUUUCUCGCCGGUUGCGCUGACGACGUACGCUACGGAGCGCUGCC